UGACACACGGGGAGGGGAAAAGGAAGAAGUGUAAGCCCCGGAUUCAUCUUCAAGAGAAAAUAGGAGAGACCGCGUCCCACUUUUAUUUCGUUUUUAGCGGCACCUUUUCGUACAAUACGUGUUAAAGAGCCCGAGGAGCGGGCUGUGUCAUUGUCUGUAGGAUGUCCCGACAUGAAGGUGUGAGCUGUGACGCAUGUUUAAAGGGGAACUUCAGAGGGCGCAGAUACAAGUGUUUAAUUUGCUACGACUACGACCUGUGCGCGUCGUGCUAUGAGAGUGGAGCCACCACAACUAGACACACCACGGAGCACCCCAUGCAGUGCAUACUAACCAGGGUAGACUUUGACCUGUAUUAUGGUGGAGAAGCAUUUUCAGUAGAGCAGCCCCAGUCAUUUACUUGUCCCUACUGUGGCAAAAUGGGUUACACAGAAACGUCUCUACAGGAGCACGUCACCUCAGAGCAUGCAGAGACUUCCACAGAGGUGAUCUGCCCAAUAUGUGCAGCUUUGCCUGGAGGUGACCCCAAUCAUGUGACAGAUGACUUCGCUGCUCAUCUCACGCUUGAACACAGAGCACCUAGAGAUUUAGAUGAGACAAGUGGCGUGCGGCAUGUGCGCCGGAUGUUCCACCCUGGGCGUGGGCUGGGUGGUCCGCGAGCACGCAGGACUAACAUGCACUUUACCAGCAGCUCCACUGGGGGGCUCUCCUCUUCACAAAGCUCGUCCUACUCUCCAAGCAAUAGGGAAGCCAUGGAUCCCAUAGCAGAGCUGCUGUCACAGCUGUCAGGUGUGCGGCGCUCAGCGGGUGGCCAACUUAACUCUUCGGGUCCAUCGGCAUCGCAGCUGCAGCAGUUGCAGAUGCAGCUGCAGCUUGAGCGGCAGCAGGCACAGGCAGCGCGCCAACAGUUGGAGACAGCACGCAAUGCCACACGCCAGCGCAGCAAUCCCAGCAACAUCAACGCCAGCAUCCCACCGCCCAGCACCGCCACAAACACAGCCAUGACUGAGAGCAACCCACUGGCCUCACACAGCUCCCAGUUCCUCCUCACACGGUUGAAUGAGCCGAAGAUGUCGGAGGUGGAGCGUCAGGCUUUGGAGAGCGAGCGAGCUGAUCGCAGCCUCUUUGUCCAGGAGUUAUUAUUGUCCACGCUGAUGCGCGAGGAAAGCUCAUCCUCAGACGAGGACGAGCGGCGAGACUUCGCCGACUUUGGAGCCAUGGGCUGCGUGGACAUCAUGCCUUUGGACGUGGCGCUGGAGAGCCUGAACCUGAAAGAGAGCUCUGCUGGCAAAGAGCCUCCACCUCCUCCUCUUUGAUGUUAUCCCACCACCACGCAGACAUUGUCCUCUGUGCUGUAACUGCCAAUGACGGUGGGCAAACACACAGCUCUCAAUUUUUUUUCCCUUUUUUUUUUUUUUUGCUUGUUUUUUUUUUUUUUGUUUGUUUUUGUUUUGUUUUUUUGGUGAUUUGUAAUUUUAGGUCUGUCACCUUUUGUUACAUUGUAAAAAUCCAUAAAAAGGAGAGCAAAAGUGAGAGGAAAAUGUGUGAGAGAAUGAGUGAAAGAGAGUCAGUACAAGUGAGGAGAAAAAAAAAAAAAAAAAAAAAAAAAUAUAUAUAUAUAUAUAUAUAUAUAUAUAUAUAUAAAUAAAUAUAUAUAUAAAUAUAAAUCAAUUCCAUAUAACUAAUUUUUUUUCUUUAGCGGGUGAGCGUAGGUAGCUGUGGCAGACCUCUGCUUCCUGUGUCUAACAAAGACUCUCCUUAUAAAUACUCCACAUUCAGAAACUGAAGAGGAAACAGAGUCCUUCUCUAAUGAAGCUGCUGUGUGUAUUUAUGAAUAUUAAUGAAUAAAAAGUGCUUGGAUGGUUUACCAUAACUACUGCAUGAGGUUAUUUGCAGCGUGCAUGACUUUUAAUGACCUUGUCAUUAAAAUGGCGAAUAAAAUCCCAAAGCUUCUUUAAUUUUUUAAAGGGUUACUUGAACUAAAGUGUUUUGAAUGAAAAAUCACAGAAUCAAUCAUUUGACGACCGUUUUUGUUUUUAAAAGUUUUUCUAAAGCAAAGCAAAAAGCUAAAUUGGAAUCUGCAGUAGCUUCAUAAAAAUGCAGUGCAGUUUUGUGUCUCAACUUUUUCUUUUUCCUUUUUUCUCUAGCUGGCAAGAAACCAGUCCCGAAGUCAGUUUCACCAGUUGCAAAAAACAAACAGAAAAGUUUAUCAAGCUGGUAUAAUAGUGGCUGUCUUUCUGUUUUGUUUUGUUUUUGUUUUUGUUUUUUAGCUAUAAAAUAAAAAAUAGAAUGCCAGGCGUAAGGACAACUUGCCUAAAGUCCCCAAGACGUUGAUGUUUUAGUGACAACUGUGUAAUCACCAGAUGUACGUUCUAACUUUUGCACCUGUACAGAACAGUUAGCCUCUCCAUGCUCAUCGCGCUCUGCUUCUCACCUUUGCUUCCAAUAGACAACAGCUGCUGCUCUCAAUGCAUUUUUAAGUCAGGGUGCUGAUCUAGGAUCUGUUUUUGUGAUUAAUCACAAAAAUAUGGGAUAUAUCAGCUCUCCUGCUCAGAAGGUCUUUUGAGUUUCCCCAUUUUUAUUUCUUUUUUUUUUAUUUUUUCAACUUUACCUCUUUCUUCAGUUGAAGAAUGAGUGUUUGAGACUUGCCAUGUUUCUGGCAUUGUUUUUGUUCAGCGUUUUAAAACAAAUGACAUUCUAAUUAUUGCUCUGCUAAAAAAAAAAAAAAAAAAGAAAAAAAAAAGCACCUUCUAUUUAUUCAGGUUUUUAGUUUCUCUUUUGAUUAUUUUUUUAAGCCUUGUGAUUGACUCAUGCCACCUCCAUGCCUAUACUCUUAUCCUCAAUGUAAAAUACAAUGAGAUGUAUAUUGAAUUUGUGCGUUACCUUUCAUAAUGGUUCUAGGACAUGGGCAGACUUUCUUUUUUUAAUGUAAAUUUAGAAUACUACAAUAAAAGCGGUGCACAGCUUUUGAUGAAAACGAA